UCCUCUAUCUGCCGCAGUGCCCUGCAUCUCUCUCACUGUGUGUGUGCAUUAGAUCCUGGACUGAACCUUUCAUCUGUGCAGAUUUUUUCACCCAGUGCAUGUUCAGUUAUCUUCAUCUCUGAAUUUCCAUCCUCUUGGCUUUCUCUCAUUUUAUAAUCACUGCAUAUUUCUUUCAUCAGAUUACUCUUUCUUGACUUUUUUGUAUUUUCCUUUGACUUCUCUCUGUUUCCAUAACCUCAUCAUGCUCAGCUUCGGCCUGGAACGCUCCAUGGGUCCCAUCACUUAUCGCAGACCCCCUAGAGAUGCCUAUCUUCGCUCUAGCUCUAUCUCCCUCACCCAAAGUGGCAGUAGCAGCUUCCAGUCCCAGACUCGGAGUCGACGAAGUGGCCUUUCCUACAGUGAAAGUCCUGAACCCUCAAAUGGGCCAAGGGAUGAAAAAGAGGCCUUGCAGGGGCUGAAUGACAGGUUUGCUGGCUAUAUAGAUAAGGUGCGGAGACUGGAAGAACAAAAUCACAGCUUAACACAAGAAGCAACCGAACUUAGAAAGCAGCAGGCUGGUAUCUCUGCCAUUGGGCAGUUAUAUGAAAGGGAGAUCCGAGACAUGCGUAACCAGCUCCUUACAAUCAACUCUGAAAAUAGUCAAGAGCAGCUGGAAAAAGAUCGAAUAAGUGAGGAUAUUGAGAUGCUAAGGAUGAAAGCACAAGACGAAGAAAGACUGAAGGAAGAAACUUUAGCUGCAGAGAGGGUAUUGAGGCAAUACCUACAGGAGUGCAGCCUAGAGAGUGAGCAGAUUGGAAGAAAGGUGCAAGCUUUGCAAGAUGAGAUCACCCACCUGGGCAAAGGUCACCAGGAGGAUGUUGAAGACCUUCUUAACCAGAUACAAGGUAGCCAAUACACAACUCAGCAACUGGGAGAGCUACCUGGUCUGGACCUGGCAACUGCUCUCAAAGAGAUCAGAGCUCAACUGGAAGGCCACAUAGGUAGAAACAACGUGCAGACUGGUGAAUGGUUCAAAGUGAACCUGGAGAAACUAAAUGAGGCUUCCCAUGUCAAUACUCACGCCAUCCGUUCUGCUAAUGAUGAGAUCACCAAUUAUCGACACCAGUUACAGAGUCAGAUCACUCAGUUGGAAAUUCUCAAAGGAUCCCAGCAAUCCCUGGAGCGCCAAUGUAUGGAUCUAGAGGAUCGUCACCAGGCAGAAGUGUCAUCUUAUCAGGACACUCUGCAACAACUGGAAAACGAGCUAAGAAACACUAAAUGGGAAAUGGGUGCACAGAUUCGGGAAUAUCAAGAUUUACUGAAUGUUAAGAUGGCCUUAGAUAUAGAGAUUGCAGCCUACAGAAAACUACUGGAAGGAGAAGAAUGUCGCAUUGGAACAAGUUUUGAUCAUUUUCCAUUUGACGAUAGAACUCCAAGAAUCCCAAGUACACCAAAGCAUAUUAAAGUGAAAAAAGAAGAAAAAAUUAAGAUUGUGGAGAAAUCAGAUAAAGAAACUGUAAUUGUAGAGAAGCAUGUCACUGAGGAGGUAACAGAAGAAGAAGAAGAAGAAGAAGAAAUAAUUCCAUCUCCUGAAAAGGAAUCUGCAACAGGUGAGAACACACCCAAGGAGCUAUCUGAGAAGGAGGGGGAGGAUGAAACAACAGAAGUGGAUGAAGUAGAAGAUGAGAAAGAAGGAGAGCAUGAAGAUAGUAAAUCAACAGAGGGGACAGAGGACAUAGAGAGUGAAUCAACUGAAGGUGGGGAAGAAAAUGAAAAAAUUGAGAAACCUGAAAUCAAGGAACCAAGCAAUAUAAAGGAACCUGAAGAAAUAGCAAAAGAUAAAGAAACAAAUGAUAAAGACUCAAAAAAGGAAGACAAGGGGAAAUCAGGAAAGAGUGAGAGUGGACAAUCCGUGCAGAAAAAAGUGAAGGAGGAACCAAAUGAAGAAGAGAAAUCUGAGCCAGCAAAAAAAGAAGAGCCUUCUAAAAAGGAGGAAAAAAUUGCCAGCAAAAAAGAAGAAAAGGAGUCAGACACCGAAGAUGAAAAGAAGAAACCUACUAAGGAAGAUGACAGAGGCCUUGCAGAGGACACAAUAAAAGAGAAGCUUCCCAAGGAAGAUGACAAGAAAACUGUAAAGGAAGAUGAGAAGGCUAAAGACAAAAAAACACCUAAGGAAGAGGAUACAAAUGCUACUAAGAUAGAAGACAAAAAAACAGCCAAGGAGGAAGAAAAGAAGCCUUUAACAGAGAAAGAAAAGAAACCAGCUAAGGAAGAGGAAAAGAAACCAGCUAAGGAAGAGGGAAAAAAAACGACUAAGAGCGCAGAGGUAGAUGAACAAAAGAAACCAGAAAAGACACCAGCAAAAGCAGAGGAAAAGAAACCUACCAAAGAAGAAGAAAAAAAGUCAGAUAAGGCAGAGGAUAAGAAACCAUCUAAGUUGGAGGAAAAGGAACCUGCAAAGGAAGAAAAAAAGAAACCAGCCAAGGAAGAGAAUGGAAAACCAGCUGAAGAGAAAGUAAAACAUCCUUCUAAGGAAGAACAGAAACAGCCAUCUGUAAAAGAGGAAAAGAAACCAGCAAAAGCAGAUGAAAAAACGCCAAUCAAGGAGGAAGAGAAGAAACCAGCUAAAGCAGAGGAAAAGCCAACCAUCAAAGAAGCAGAAAAGAAACCAGCAAAGGUAGAAGAAAAACAAAUCACUACGGAAGAAGACAAGAAGCCAAGUAAGGUAGAGGAAAAGAAACCAGUUAAGGCAGAGGAAAAGCAACCAGCUAAGGGAGAGGAAAAACAACCUACAAAAGAAGAAAAGAAGCCAGCUAAGGUAGAGGAGAAAAAGCCAGACAAAGCGGGGGAAAAACAAACAGUUAAGCAGGAAGAAAAAAAACUGGUUAGUGCAGAUGAGAAGAAAUCCACUAAAGAUGAAGAAAAGGAACCAGCUAAGAAGGAAGAAAAGAAACCAAUCAAGGUUGAGGAAAAGCAGGCAGUUAUUGACGAAGAAAAGAAACCAGCUAAGGCAGAGGUAAAGCAACCAGUUAAGGAGGAUGAAAAGAAGCCAGCUAAAGCAGAAGAGAAGAAGCCAGCUAAAGUAGAAGAAAAACAGCCAUCCAAGGAAGAUAUAAAGGAGAAGAAGCCAGCUGAAGUUGAGGAAAAACAACCAAUUAAAGAGGAUGGAAAGAAGCCAGAUAAGGCAGCAGAGAAGAAGCCAACUAAAGUAGAGGAAAAGCAACCAGUUAAGGAGGAUGAAAAGAAGCCAGCUAAAGCUGAUGAGAAGAAACCAGCCAAGGUAGAGGAAAGGCAACCAGCUAAGGAGGAUGAAAAAAAGACUCCUAAAGCAGAAGAGAAGAAACCAACCAAAACAGAGGGAAAGGAGCCAACUAAAGAAGAUGAAAAGAAAGCAGGCAAGGUUGAAGAACAGAAACCAGCCACAGUAGAGGAGAAAAAAACAGCCAAGGUUGAAGAAAAGAAACCAGCUAAAGUAGAGGAGAAAAAAAAAGAAAAAGAAGAGGAAAAGCAGCCAACAAAGAAAGAUGAAAAGAAGCCAGUUAAGCAGGAAGAGAAGAAACUUACUAAAGUAGAAGAAAAAGAUGCAAAGCCAGCUAAAGUAGAUGAUAAAAAGCCAGCAAAGGUAGAAGAAAAACAGCCAGCUAAAGAAGAAGGCAAACUGUCAGUAAAAACAGAAGAAAAAGGUUCAUCUAAAGUAGAAGAUAAAUCAUCACAAAAAAAAGAAAAGUCACUAAAGACAAGUGAUUCAACUAGUAAGGUAGAGAAAAGUGAGAAGUCUUCUGGUACAGACCAAGUAGAUAGUGACUCAACUCAGGUAGGGAAGAAAGGUGCAAAAUAAACUAGACUAAUAAAGACUAGACCAAGCAGUUGGUUGGAUCCACCAAAGAGGUCACUAGAGAUCCAAGAAUCAUACUCUGGAACUGUCAACCUCAGAGACUAUACCUUGACUUGGUGAACCCCACUGUAUUUCUGAUGAGCAGAAUGAACAAUAAGCCAGCCACGCACUAGAGUGACCAGGAGCAACAUUAGCUCUGCAGGGUGCUCUAGUUCAGUGGUUCAAACCUAUUCUUAAGAAACCGCAACACUUAUGUGCUACCAAUCACGUAGAAUAUGCUUAUGGGGUAUAUGCCAAGGGUGACAAAAAGGGGGCAAUGGCAAAAUGAUAUUGCACUAUCUAUUUCACUUGCAAAGAUAGCUAUGACUAUAGGAUGUAGGUAUAAUUUUGUGAUUCAUGAAAAACCCUGGGUACAUUUUGGCACUAACAUAUAUAAGAGGAAAGGGAAAGGCUAAAGAAAUUAUUGAUACAGGAGGAUUGAUUUUGGGCUAAAGAGUAGUCACAGGAGGAGUCGAUUGGAAGGAAAGUUACAGUAUAAAAUGUGUAGAAUUUAAAGGAAGGUCAGUGUGAGAAUACUUCACAAAAAUGUUGCCAUGCGUAGCCUUAAAAGUUACCGUCAGAUCAAUUGUUAGGUUGUGGUAGUCUGCAGGGCACAUAGAAGCUCUAAUUAUUGAUGCAGAUCUCCUGCCACACAGAUAAAACGAAAAAUCGCCUAGAGAUACAUACAUGUAUGAAAAAAUUAACAUUGACCAACACUUAAAAAAGUUACUGGAAAAUUUCCACCUUAUUUAAUUCGAUGGUACGCAUUGUAAAGACAAUUCAAGUGGUGCCGUGAUUCUUGUGAAAUCUUCUAAGACCUUAAAAAUUCAGCAGCAGCAGUAGAGUCCAUUGACUCUACAUUCUACUGUUUUAUAUUCUGGCAUAGCAUAUAUAUUCAAAUAGAAUCAGCUGCAUAAGCUGCUGUAGUGUCUACAUUUCUGAUAAACUUUUGAAAAUUAAUGAGAAUCUGAGUACUGUUUUCCAGCAUUUCAAUGAAUCAUGUAACCAGGCUAUGUUUAAAGCGGUUGUAAACCCCGGACGAUUUUUUAGAUUUUUUAAAUAGCAUGUCACACAAGGGCAUGGCAAUGCAUAUUGCAUAUAAGAUUGUGAAAAACGAGGCCCGCAAAUACCUUUUAACAACCGUUGUUUUUUUCUCUCCUUCCGGACAUAGAAAUCGCCAUUGUUAGUGCUGCUGAGUGAAUCCUUAUCUGACGACACUUCCGCCCUUCCUGAUUCCCUGGUCUAAAUCUCGCGCAUGCGCCGUAUAGCCGUUACCAAGCCUCGAUGUCGAUUGCUGUUACCGCAGCAACCGUGAUACACGGCAAUAUUCAGUCACACGGGAGGGGGAUUAUCAGGAACAGGAGGACUAUAGCAUUGCGAGACUUCUCCUCUGCGGACAGAGGGGAAGCUCGCCCACGCAGCUCGCUCACAUUCAGGGCCGGAAAGAAUGGAAAUGAAAAUCGGCCACACAUUCAGAUGCCGGAUUUGCGGGGCUACAAUGCGCAAGCGCGGUGACGUCAUCAAAACGAAAAAUACGAUUUUAGAGCUAAUGAC